AUGGAUCAUGUUCCUAAGGAAGCCUGCAACCCAGAGCGCUCCGUGCCCCCACCCCUCCUCACUUUCUCCUCCGCUGAUGACUCAGCCACGGCGCCGCACCGACCGCACGCUCUCGGCUCGUUGGCGUGUACCCACAGGCAUGAAACGCUUGCGGCUCAAGAAACAAAUACACAAAGCUCAAUGCUCAAUGAUUCAAAUUCAAUUUUAGAGCUUGCGGAACUUGAGACGAAUGCAAUCCCCAACCAUAGUCGUAGUUGUCUAAAAGUCAGUAAUUCAGAUCCGAAUUCACCUUUCAAGCUCAAUGAUGAUCUUCAGAUGACAGUUGAAGACAGAGAUGAAGAUGAAAUGGUCGUUGACGACCCAGAUUAUUUCCCCCCUCUAACAGUGGAGAGAUCAUUUGACACGGAAAAGGUUUUAUUAAAGGGAAGAAGAAUUGUGGAUAUUGACCAUUUUUCCUCACAAAUGGAAAUUAUUGCAUCCCAUCCUAAUAAAUGCACUAUGGGGAAAUACAAAUUAAAGAAAGAAAUCUGUAAUGGUCUGUACUCAACACUGGUGUACUACUGUGAUAAUUGCGAAAAAGAGUUUUCCGUAACAACUUCUCCAGCAAGUGAUAAGGAAGACAUAAACGAUGCGUUGGCCUGGGCUGCAAUGUCAGUUGGAAUAGGAUAUUCUCAAGUUGAAGAACUCUUUAGUAUCCUUGAUUUAAAAAUAAUGGGACAACAAAAGUACCAUAAACAUGAACAAGCAGUUGGAAAAGGGUGGGAAGAUUGUUUAUUACGAAAAAUGCAAGAAAACGCAGAGGAAGAAAGGCGAAUAGCUAUCGAGAAAGGGGAUUAUCUGAACGGAAUUCCCUUCAUCACUGUGAUUGGAGAUGGAGGAUGGGCCAAGAGAUCUUAUGGGCAUGGGAUGAAUUCUUUAAGUGGAGUGGUAAGUACACUUUAAUUGUUAUGUUUAUGUCGCACUUAAAGAUUGCAUAUUUUUUGGGACAGAUGGAGGGGUAAAUUUCUAAAUCCUACGCGCCAAGCACCGUGGUCUGACCGUGUACCUUGACUCCCCUGACUCCCGCCGACCAUGCGGAUCGAUGGUAUAAGGGUCGCCAAAUGUGCGACUCGAAUCGCUCGUGAAACCCGGAUGUUGCGGGCGCUCUGCAGGGCCG